AUGACCGAUGCUGGAGACCUGGACUUGGCCGUGCCAGAGACCGCCAGACUGGACAGCAGUUUACACAAGGCCCGGGCCCAGCUGCUGGCCAAGGGCCGGAGACACCGGCCGUCCCGCUCGAGGCUUCGGGACAGUGCCAGCUCUGCUGAGGAUGGUGAAGGCUCCGAUGGGCCCGGAGGCAAGGUGACCGACGGCUGCGGGAGCCCCCUGCACCGGCUGCGCUCGCCUUUGCACUCGGGCCCGGGGUCCCCGGCCGGGGGCGCUUUCUGCCUGGAGCCUCCGGGGUUGCGGCGCAGCCAGGACGAGGACGAGCCACCGCCCUCGCCGCUCACACGCUACCGGCCCCUGCACAACGCGGCCUCGCACGAGGGCCUGGCCGCCGCCGCCUGCUCGCCGCCGCGCUCCGCGCCCUCCUCCGACAGCUCGCCCAGCUUCAGGCGCCGCCACCCGCGCGCAGAGACGCACAGCGAAGAUGACAGCCGGGAUGCCAGCCCUCCCGAGCCUGCCAGCCCCACCAUCGGCCUGGAUAAGAAGACUCGCCGAAAGUUCCUGGACCUGGGGGUCACCCUGCGCCGAGCAUCCACUGGCAAGAGCCGGAAAGAGAAGGGCAGCAACCGCCUGUCCAUGGGCAGCAGGGAGUCGGUGGAGGGGUCUGGCAGGUCAGGGGGCUCCCCGUUCCUGCCCUUUUCCUGGUUCACAGACAGCGGCAAGGGCUCAGCGUCCUCGGGCAGCGCCACCUCCCCUGCCUGCUCCCCUAAACACGAGGGCUUCAGCCCUAAGAAGUCAGCUUCCCAGGAAUCCACCCUGAGUGACGACUCCACGCCCCCCAGCAGCAGCCCCAAGAUCCCGAGUGGGCCCCGGCAGGAGCCCAAGUGUUCUUACCCCUACCACACGCUGUCCCAGUCUUCGGAUGAGUUCCUGGAUGAACCCCUCCCCACUGUCCACCAGUGGACCAGUCAGCAGGUGGGCCAGUGGCUGCACAGCCUCAGCCUGGAGCAGUAUGCCGCCGAGUUCGCCGCGCGGCAGGUGGACGGGCCACAGCUGCUGCAGCUGGACGGAAGCAAACUGAAGAGCCUGGGGCUCAGCAACUCGCACGACCGGGCGCUGGUGAAGCGGAAGCUGAAGGAGCUGGCGGCGGCUGCGGAGAAGGAGCGCAAGGCCCAGGAGAAGGCCGCGCGCCAGCGGGAGAAGCUGCGGCGCCGGGAGCAGGAGGCCCAGAAGAGCUAGCGCUCCGGUGGGGCAGGCGCUGGCGCCGGGCACAGGCCUCACUGCGGAGGCUGGAGCCGGGGGCCACACUCGGGCUGGUCUGGCCCCACACUCUCAGGGGGGACACGCCCUCUCUCACCCUAUCACUCUGUUUGGACCCAGAGCCCCCAGAAAGGGAGACCCAGGGAGAAGCCCUAGUAAUAAAUCCACCUGGAGGA